AUGCAGAAGCACAGCCAGAAGGAGCACCUCUACAAGCUGCUGGUGAUCGGGGACCUGGGAGUGGGAAAAACCAGCAUCAUCAAGCGUUAUGUCCACCAGAACUUCUCCCCCCACUACCGGGCCACCAUCGGGGUGGACUUUGCUUUGAAGGUGCUGAACUGGGAUGCUGAGACUGUGGUACGGCUGCAGCUCUGGGAUAUUGCGGGACAGGAAAGAUUUGGAAACAUGACCAGGGUGUAUUACAGAGAGGCUAUGGGGGCGUUUAUUGUCUUUGAUGUUACAAGACCUGCGACGUUUGAAGCAGUGACAAAAUGGAAAGAGGAUUUGGACUCUAAGUUGGUUCUUCCAAAUGGCAAACCUGUGCCAGCAGUCCUAUUAGCAAACAAAUGUGACCAGGGAAUAGAUGUUCUUAUGAACAACGGCAUCAAGAUGGAUCAGUUCUGCAAAGAGAAUGGGUUCGUGGGCUGGUUUGAAACAUCAGCCAAGGAAAAUAUAAACAUCAACGAAGCUUCCAGAUGCUUGGUGAAACACAUAAUUGCUAGUGAGAGUGAUCCAGUUCAGUCAGUUGAACCAGAUAUUAUAAAACCACACUUGAAUUCCUCCAAGAUUGUCAGUUGUUCAGCUUGCUUUAAAUCCUAAGAGACUUCCAGACUAUUAGAAGAGCUGAACAACUAUGAUUCACAAUUUAUACUUUAUUCAACGAAACAAGCCUGCCCAUAUUGUCCCUAAGCAGAUUGUAAUUUUCUCAAAAGUAUAUUUAAAUUUUCCUUUUUUUUUUUUUUUCAGCUAAAAUUUAUUAUGAGGUGUUCAUUGAUAGCAACUAUUCAAAACUCUCUAUGGCUACUGGUCAAGUAAGACUCACAGUGAUGGCUGUGUUUUCCUAUUUGGGUGGGACCAGUGAUAUCAAAACCCAUUUCUUUGCCAUGUGGUUUCUGAAAAUUCGUAUUUGUGAUGGGACUGCAGCAGCACCCUACUUGUCCAUUGAUUUCCAGACUGUUUUCCCAAUACCUUGACCAGGCAAAUGUCAUCUUUGCACUCUUUGUCACCCCUCAGACUUGAAUGAUCUUGUUUCAUAUGAGGAAGAUUAUGAUGAAAAUGAAAAUUGAGCUGUUCAGAAAGAGACACCAAGAAUGCUCACAAUUAAAUAUUCCAAUUGCAAGUUCAGUCUCCUGGAUGUAGUGACAGGACUGAACAUGCAGGAACAUUUCACAUCCUUCAGUUCUCCAGAAGAUCUGAGCUUCCAAGACUGAUGAAGAAUUGGCUGCCUCUUUCUGAGGAGUUGCAUUCUUAUGGUUGAUAGCAUUAUCUUAGAUGAAGCAAAAUAGAACAAGUCAAGGGUAGGGGGUGACAAAACAGGCAAUCAGGGAUACAGUCUCCUGGGUAAGCAGAUCAGGGUUUUCAGAAAGGGUUAUUGAUUCUAUAAAGCCAGCGUUUCCUCUGGAAAACCCACAUUGAUUUUUUUCCUUCCUCUCUCAUGCCACAGAUAUCCCCAUGUGUUUAAACUGUGUGUAUUCUGUAAGUCCUAACAUGCAUCCCUUCAUUAUGUUUAUUCUCAUGGGAAAAUUCACUAUCCACACUCUAAGAUACCAGCAGAACUUUUCAGGAAUCCAUCUGUGUUGAGUAGAAGGGUAUUUGCUUUCUGAAAACAUUCUUCUAAAAUGUAUAUGAAUCAUCACAGGAAGCAAGCAAAAUGAAACAGUCUUAAGAGACACUUCUGGAAGAUAUGAAGAAUUUAUUGAGCCAUACUGUGGAAAUGAAAUUGUUGAUUUUCAGCAUCUCACAAAAAAUGCAGGUUGGUGGAGUCAUUCAGAGAAGUGUGUCAAGGCAAGUCUUGACAUCUGGCUGCAAGCCCCUUCAAGACAAACUUUGCCUCUAUCCUGCCACAGACAAAUCACUUGCAUUUUCUGUUCAGACUUUUCCUUCCUAAGCUGUGAACUCUCAGUUGCAGGAGCUGUCUUCAGAGAUAACUUUCCUCUUCUUAGAGACAUGUAACAGCAUGGAAGGGAAGAAGCAAAAUCACAUGCCACCUUAUGUUUGCAGAUGUCACUUCAGUACUUUACUGAACACUUAGCUGGAAAUGCAGGGGUGCAAUUCUCAGUCUAGUGAAUACCUGCUGCAUAGGAAAAAUAAAAAAAAAAAGAAAAAAAAAAAAAGAAAAAUUUCCUCAAGCUGACCUUAUACUGUGGGACCUAUGAGGUGCAUGUACCUGUAAAAUUCAUCCUACUUGGCAAUGUAAGGUGUAUGUUUGGGCUCAAAGUUCUUUUCCAGCCUAAAUGGUUCUAUGACUUUGUGCCUCUUCAACUAAACGCACUGUUACUAUACAGGCACUGCAGACAAGAGAUAUGUUUCACUCCCUGGAGAACCAAGGACAGAGACAUAGCUCUUUAUGUGCUCUUCCUAAAGCCUUCCAUUUUUUCUCACAGAAUUUUGGAAUAAGAAAACAAGGUCUCUAAUUUUAAAAAUAAAAAUUCACAUCCAGAAUUAAUCUGCACAGACAUAGAUGUAUGGAUACAUAUAUAUAAUGAGCUGUCUUUUUUGAGAGUAAUUCUCAAGUUGUCUUGAAUGCUGUGUCAUCCUUUAAUACCUGUGUUAAACAUUCUUUAACUCCUGCUGUGAUCUGUGUCAAAUACCUUAAGCUUCCUGCCUCAGUUUCCUCAGCUGUAAAACAGGGAUCUAUGUACACACCUACCUCUCAGCACUCCCUGACAGUUACUGUUGGCGCCGUGCUUUGGGGAUACACGUUCUACAAAUGCCAAGCUCUGAUACUGCUCAGAACGAAAUAUGAGUGCCCUCUAGCAUAAAUACAUGGUGCUGUAAAGCCUUAGUGUUCUAAAUCUAUCAAAGGCUUGCCUGUGCUACAAAAAUUAGCUUCAAUUAUUCCACCUCAGUUAAGCUGGUCAAGGUUAUAAAGCAACGUGUGAUUUCAUGGGCUGAUCAGAUUGGCUGCAGAUGGUUUGCAAAUGGAAACUGUGGCUGCACAGAUGUCAUGGCACUAGUUUAAUAAUCUCAGCAACAAAGCUGCAAUUCAGAACUAGUGCCACAUCAGUUAUUUCAAAUUUAAAGCAUCAUUUAAGUCAAGUCAUAUGGGUGCAUUAUUAAGGAUAACAAUUCAUAUCUUGAGCCAACACUGUGGAGACUACAAGGAACUAGAUAUUUCAGAUAGCUUCUAAAGGGCUAAUUUUUCAUGAGUUGGGCCUUGUACUUCACUUAUGAAUCUGUGGGUCUCAGGUGAAGCAGAGGAAAUUGCCAUUUCAUCCAAAAAUACUCGCAACAAACCUAGCAGUUCCUAAUGUGUUUUGCUUAUCUUCAUAUCACCUUCAUUUGCUGGCUUCUAGCAAAAUCACUAAGCAUACUGGGAAAUUCCACAAGACUUUGAGAGCUAUGGCUAAAGAUCUGGUAUACCAGUAAUUAAAACAACCCUGCAUAAAUAAAACACUUAAAUGACAUAUAGAGAUAUUUUUGUUCUGCACUCUAUUGUGCAAUAAAUAAUCUUUAAAAUAUGGGCUCAUUAUCUGUUCCAUAAUGUUUGUCAUAUCAGGUUCCACUGCAGUCACUUCUUGGGCAAAUUUCCAACACAGGUAGAUGGAGGACAGUGUGGCCAAUUGCUAGACUAAGGACUCAAAAAUCAGUCCUCCUUAGGAGGUUACAUAAUUACAUAUGUUCAUUUUUAUUUGUACUAAAGUGAUAAAAAUCUGUCAAGUCUUUUUCUAUAACUCAGUAAAUGUGUGAAUGCAACCUGAAUAUCUAGCAAACAGAGCCUUUUUAGAGGAGGAUUUGUAGGCAGGCCAGAAUAAAAGCUUUAAUUUAGAAUUAAUGAGCUCAGUUUUUGCCAAUACCCUUUCAAGAAAUGUAAAGUUUAAUUAUACUGUGUCAGUCCCUAACAGCUUGGAUUUCCUUAGGUUUUUUGAUGCACUCUGUGUUAUGUCCUCUUUGCUGAUCACCAGGGACCAGGCAUCUUAAUCACACGUUCAUUUCAAAAUUAAACAUUUUCCCUUUCUGUUUGCAAUAAGUAAUGAAUAAUCAGUCUCUAUGGCCUUGCAAAUGGGCAAAGGUACUGCAAGUGGAAUUAAAAUUCAUUUUCAUUCUAGUUCUCCAAAUACACCCCUCUGGAUGUCCCAGCACUUCAAACCACAGGUUGAUGAGCAAGGGAGGUGCUGGACAUGAGAGAUCACCCCAAAACACUCAAAGAACACAGUGGUUGAACAUCUUCACCCCCAGACUUCAUCUGCAACACCAGUAAUGACAGAAUGUCUUUCAUUUUCUGUAUUGAAACUCCGUACAAAUAAAACCUCAUGACCCUAAAUACUUUGGGUAUCACAGACAUAUUGCUGAUAGGAAAAUGGAUGGAGUGAAAGAUAAUUAUUCAGUUAUUCCAGAAAGAUCAUAAUUUAAUUGACCAGGUUCAUCUUUCAAUAGAAAGAUAUUUGGAAAUCUGAAAAUCAGGCUUUGUUAUUCUUACACACCUUUUUUUUUAGAUAAUGCAUUUUCAAUAUUUUUUCUAUUCAGGAAUAGCUGUUCCAACACUACUUUAUGCAUUCAGCUUUAAUUGUUGUACAUCAAUAUUUUCUCUUCGAAUUUCUUUUUCUGUUUUAACCUAUGUGACUCUAUAAAAUGUGGAGGGAGGGAGAGAGGGAAGGAGAAUGUGCACCUUUAAACAGCAAUGUUGUUUUAUUUCUUGAAACACCUUUUCUAGCUGGAUCAAGUGAAACUGGUAAACAUAUGUGAGAAAUGAAUUUAGUGUCAAUUGCCAGGAAACAGCCAAUCAAAAUAUCUUUUACUGCACCAAUAUUUAUGCAUGUGACCGCAGGCUCUAUUGUAAUAAAAGAUGGUAUUUCUGACAAAACAUGGAA